UAUCUUUUGUUUUCACAUGCUGAACACUGAUUGAAUUGGGAUCACAUUAAGAUCGGGUCGAGUUAUGAAUGUAACUGUGGAGGUGGCAUAAUGCAUUUAAGGAGCAGAAUCACUCUCCAAAAUGUGAGGACGGAAGCACAAGGUUCACUGUUUAUUGUUUUCUGAAAGUCUCUACAGUGAACACUAUGAGUGAAGGUCUUCAAAAAACUGCUACCAACGGCCACGAGAAAAUGUUAAUAUCACAAGAACAGCAGGCAAUGAUCAGUGAGAUGCGAAGGUUGAUAGGGCCGUUAUCAGAUAGGGCAUCUCUGUAUUGUUCUGAUGCAACCAUCUUAAGAUAUUUAAGCUCGCGAAAUUGGAAUGUCAAGAAAGCAGCUCAAAUGUUGAAACACAGCCUAAAAUGGAGAAAAGAAUGCAAACCUGAAGAGAUCCGCUGGGAAGAGGUUAUUAAUGAAGCAGAGACAGGGGUAAUGUAUAGAACAAAUUAUUGUGACAAGUAUGGGAGACCAGUGAUCGUAAUGAGACCUUGUCGCCAGAACUCAAAGUCACUAAAAGGACAGAUGAACUAUUUUGUAUACUGCAUGGAGAAUGCGAUUUUGAAUCUUCCAGCACACCAGGAGCAGGUGGUCUGGCUGAUUGAUUUCCACGGUUUCAAUUUGUCACAUGUAUCAUUCAAGGUGGCACGUGAAACUGCCCGAAUACUACAAGAGCAUUAUCCAAAGCGCCUGGGUUUGGCAAUACUCUACAAUCCACCGGCAAUCUUCCAACCAUUCUUCGCGAUGGUAAAGCCCUUUUUAGAGUCUGAGACCUAUAAUAGAGUAAAGUUUGGUUACUCCGACGAUCCCAACACAAAGAAGAUUAUGGAGGAUUUGUUUAAUAUGGAUAAUCUUGAAUCUGCAUUUGGUGGGAAUGGUGGCACAGGAGUUGACAAAAUUAAAUAUGCUGAGAGAAUGAAAGAGGAAGACAAUAAGACACGUUCGUUCUGGACACGUGCAAACUCUCUGUCAUCAGUCUCACAAAAUGCAGAUUCUGAUGCUUCUAAUGUCGAGAAAAUAGACCGUUCCCCUGUUCCUAACUGAUAAAUACAUCUUGGUUACUCAAAGGGACAGAAAUGUCGUGGCAUUGGAAUGAGAAAUACAUGCCUAAAUCUUUUUCACGAAUUGUUUAGUCAACUGUAAUGCCACAAGAUGCUAUGACAUUCUAGUUAGAAACCUAGAUAGAUUCAAGACACCUAGUAUCAGCUUCAUGUAUGAUUUAUGAUGAGAUCCUAAUGGUUUGAAAAGCUUCGGAGCUUUAAAACAGG